GACAUGAAAUUACCGCUGCAAUAGCUCAAAGAUUUCUUACGCCAGAAGCACGUAAACACGUUGUAGGAUUAUUACCAAACGAAGCAAAAGGAAAUUUAACAUACAUUGCAUCGUGGGCUGACCGAAUCAAACAUCUUCCCGCCUACAAGUUCACCUCACCAUUUCAUUAUGUCUCUCCGUCUGAUGACUUUCCACCAGAGCAUUGUUCAUUCAACUAUAAACCUCGUGGAAAAAAUAUUAUCAAUGCGAUAAACAAUUACACUCAUCGCCUUGAUCCAAAAAGUGAUCUUGCUUAUUGGCCACGUGCUGAAGCACUAAGGUUUUUGGUACAUUUUAUUGGCGAUCUACAUCAACCUCUGCACCUCACUAAAAGAGACCGUGGUGGGCUUGGCUCGUCAGCAAAGUUCGAAGGUCACAAAGCUACUUUGCAUUCUGUGUGGGAUUCUAUGAUUAUUUAUAAACAAAUUCGUGAACUUGAUGCGAAUACAACAAGCGAGUCUAAAGAGUACAAUCACGAGGUAGAUUCCACUGAAGAAGGCAGUGAUUAUUUUGAUUACAAGGUUCCUCGAGACAAAGGUAUAUUUUACGAUCCGUAUGUCAAUCACAUAAUCAAAUUGCUAAAGACAACUUGGAAGAAAGAGGUUCUUGAUUGGAUUGUUUGCAACGACAGUGAGAAGUUAGAACUUAUAGAAAACGCAAUUGGCAUUUCAAGUUCUACAUCAUUAAAAAAACAGUCUGGUCAACAAUUACACUUUUCUAUCGACCAAUUGUUACCAGAUUCAGAUAGUUCCCAUUUCUCAUCACAAAAUUUAAAUUCUCCAUUCGUAUUCCCAAAACUUCAAUCUCACCCUGCGGUUUGUCCAGACUAUUGGGCAAUUUCUUUGAAUGCACUAAAUUGUAAAGUCGUUUAUGAUGGUUAUGAGCCCGAGAAGGAUUUGAGUACUGGUGAAUAUUAUGAAAGAAUUGUCAGAGGUAAAGUCAUGGAAAAACUAUUGGCUAUUGCUGGAAUUAGGAUUGCUACUGAACACGAGAAUUUUACUUCAGUACUUUUGCAAAGACACAUCUACACUUCUUCUGAGAAUAGGGACAGUGGCGUUGAGAAUGAAAACGCGUCGCCUUCACCCUCUGUAAACGAUAAUCACCCCGCAGGCUAUGCGAAUGACUUUUCGUUGUCCACGAACAAAGUGGAGGAUAAAAAAGAGCAAGGGUCAGCAUUAGAUCUCAUGACGAGCGCUCCAAACGGAUCUGACUGGACAAAGUCCACAUUUGGAUUAUCCUCUCAGGCAUUUUCCAAGGAAAUCAGUGAUAUUUUGCUCGCUCCAAUAGAUGUGGAAGAUAUUGAAUGCAAACCCGAUGGGCUGCUAUAUCUUCCGGAAAUAAAGUAUCGUCGUAUCUUGAAUAAAGCAUUUGGACCCGGAGGGUGGGGUCUUGCACCACGUGGAAAUGCUGCAAUUAAUAAGAAAAAUAUUUCGAGGGAAUAUUGCCUUUUUAUUGGUGGAAGGCUUAUUUCAGUAGCUCGUGGAGAACAAGAUUACUAUGAUCUCACUGGUCUGCCAACUGCAGCAGAGGGUGCUAAAAGUAAUGCAUUAAUGAGAUGCUGCAAAGAUUUGGGUAUCGCUUCUGAAUUGUGGGAUCCAGUUUUCAUUCGUGAAUUCAAACGAAAAUAUUGUGAAGAAAUCUUUGUUGAACAUGAUUCUAACUGGCGGCUAUAA